AUGACACCUCCGAGGGCAAUUAUCAAUACAAGCUCUGCAACGAGUGCAAGAGUUGGUGACCGAGAUACACCCAUUUGUUUGGAAAUUGAAGAGGCAUGUAGUUCCGCUAAAGUUGAUGAAGAGAAUAUCAUGGAUAGAUCAAAUGAAAUUGAAAUUGAUGAUGGCACUACCGGUACACCACAGGUAGUUCCAUCAUCAGAUGGUGAUGAUAUCAUCGAGGAGCCCAAGUCGGGGAUGGAGUUUAAUUCGUUUGAUGAAUUGUUGAGCUAUUAUAAGCAUUAUGCUAAGAAGAACGGGUUUGGGGUGAUGACCCAAAGGAGCGAGAGGUCAGAAGAUCAAUCAGUCAGAUAUGUCACCCUUGGGUGUGCACGGGGAGGAAAGGCCCGGAAUAAAAGUUUAAAUGUUGCCAACCCUCGUCCAACAGGAAAGACGGACUGUAAGGCAAGGAUUAAUGCCUUAAGAGUCGAGGGGAAGAUGCGGUUGACAACAGUUUAUAAUACACAUAAUCACGGACUAAGCCCAAAAAAGAGUCGCUUCUUUCGAUGUAAUAGAGAUGUGAGUGAGACCGUUAAAAGGGUCCUAGACACAAACGACGUAGCUGGCAUCCGACUGAAUAAGAGUUAUGGAUCUCUUGUCGUAGGGGUAGGUGGGUUUGAGAACCUCCCAUUUUUGGAGAAGGAUUGUCGCAAUUACAUCCACAAAGCACGACAUCUACGACUUGGUGCAGGGGGUGCUGGAGCACUGAGAGAUUAUUUUAUGAGGAUGCAGUUUAAAAAUAACGGGUUUUUUGCAUUGAUGGAUUUGGACGAUGACGGUAGGUUGAAGAAUGUUUUCUGGGCAGAUCCACGUAGUCGGGCAGCCUACCAAUAUUUUGGUGAUGUGUGUAUGGACGGUAUAUCUCCAAAGGCCAUUAUUACUGAUCAAGAUCGAGCAAUGAAAAAUGCAAUUGCACUUGUCUUUCUGGAAACACGACACAGGUUUUGCCUAUGGCAUAUACUGAAAAAAGUCCCUGAGAAGCUUGGGUCAUAUGCUGUGUAA